AUGGCGAAACCUUCGCCUUUUCUCGAGCCCGGUCCUAGGACGUCGGCCAAUUCCCUCGCCAUCGUCCAGCUCUCUCGCGACAACCUCGUUCCCUUGAUCCUCCAGGACUCGACUAGUGCCGUCGAUGGCUACGCUGAAGGAGCAGUCCUCAACACCCGAUUCGGAUCUUUCCCUCACUCCACCCUGAUCAACGUCCCAUGGGGCUCGCAAAUCCGCGCUUCAAUCGUCGAUACAGGCUCCCGAGGCCGCAAGCGCAAGAGAAAGGAAGACGAGACCGAUGCAUCCACACCAGCCGCUGCGGACGAUGCUGAAGCAGAGUCAAGCGCGCCAGUCAAGAAGGCCACUACCGCCGCGAGCGGCUUCGUCCACAUCCUCCAGCCCACCGCCGAGCUAUGGACCGCCGGUCUGCCUCAUCGAACACAGGUCGUCUACACCCCCGACUACAGCUUCAUCCUCCAACGCAUACGAGCCCGUCCUGGCACACGAUUGAUCGAGGCCGGCGCCGGCAGUGGCAGUUUCUCGCACGCUUCAGCACGCGCAGUCUACAAUGGCUAUCCGGAGAACGAGACUCAGCGCAAGGGCAAGGUCUUCAGCUUCGAGUUCAACAAGGAUCGGUACGAGAAGAUGCAGGAGGAGAUUGAGGCGCAUGCACUGGAAGGGAUUGUCAAGCUCUCGCAUCGCGACGUUUACAACGGCGGAUUUCUCGUCGACGGCAAGAGCCCUGAAGCCGAGUCUGUGUUCCUCGAUCUGCCCGCGCCCUGGGAGGCCCUCCCCCAUUUGUCACGACGAAAGCCCGCGACAUCGAAGCAAGACGACGGAGCCGCGGCGGAAGAAUGGAUCUCGCCGCUGAAUCCCAAGAAGUCUGUCUAUAUCUGCACAUUCUCGCCCUGUAUUGAGCAGGUGCAAAAAACAAUCAACACGAUGAGAACAAUGGGCUGGGUAGACAUCGAUAUGGUUGAGAUAUCCCACAAAAAGUUCAACGUCAUUCGCGACCGAGCCGGCUACGGCCAGCCCGAGCGCGGUAUCCCGCCCAUCGCCCGCGACGUCAAGGAAGCAGUCGGCAAGCUGCGGGAGAUUGAGCGCCGCACGAGGGAGUAUCACAACACUGCGGACCCCAACUCGGCGGAGGACUCGCCGGCCGCUGGCAACGCCAUGGAUUUGGACCAAACGGUAGAGGCCACGAAUGGCAGCCGGGAUGAUGACCCCAACGCGGGCAAGCCCUGGCUACAGGGCCGUGUUAUCCACCGUGCGGAGCCUGAACUGAAGACGCACACCUCGUAUCUUGUCUUUGCCGUGCUGCCGCGGGAGUGGAGCGAGGACGACGAGGCUGCUGCACUCGCGAAAUGGCCGUGCGGUGCCGAGACGCGGGUUAUCGGGGCCAAGGACAAGGAGACGCGCAAGCAGGAGAAGCGCGAGCUGCUCCAGGGCAAGGGCAAGAGGAAGAAGAACAAGAAGGCGGAGGCUGCGUAG